GUCUCACCAGGGGUAUUCUUCAUUCAACAUUCAAACAUUCAACAACAAAACUUUACGCAACAAGACAUAACGCUAGGUUAACGUUGGUUUCUGGUGCUAAAUUUAACAUUAAAGUGUUAAGAAAUGUUCGUGUGUCGUUCACCGGUGUUCAAAUUGUUUAUUUUAUUGUUAAUCAUUGUUUUGAUUACGUACAGCGAUGCGAAACGCAAGAAGAACAAAAAGUUUGGUAAAAAUGCGUCGAAUAAGAUGAUUUUGAGGCAGAAAGAGACUAAUGCUGUUGAUUUUAUAAGAUUAGCAGUAAUGCGAUUAAUCUAUGGCAUUGCAUCGCGUUUCGGCUUGGGCGAGCAGAUAUCUGGCGCUCUCAACGGUGCAUUCGUCCCACCAGGAGUCGAUCCCGAAUACAGUGACUACGGCGAUGAUGAUGGUGGCUUCGGUCUGCUGGACCGCGACGAAGAUGACGAUUAUGACUAUUAAACACAUGCGAAACACCAAUAACCAACAUAAACCUACUUAAAUCCACUUAUUACAUUAACUUAUUCUCUAAAUGUACAAAAAUGUUUACAAAAACACUUCCAAAGACUUGUAUAUAUAUUAUUACAUAUUAAUUUAUAUAAAAUAAACUAUUCUCAUAAAGAAA